AUGUUCAGGGAUGAGAAGAAGACGCAGUACCAAUCGUUGAUGACAGCCACGGAACAGGAGGAGGCCGUGGACGAUAUGGAGCGGGCGAUCGACGACGCGCCGCGCGGAGGAGCGAACCAGAUGAGCUCGCCCUCGCGCGCCAAUCCAGCCUUUGGGGGGUCGUCCAAUGACUACGAAGCGUUCGAGAGCGUGCCGCUUCGAGGUGCGGGACGAUCGUUAGCGCAGCGCGCGACGGCGCAUCUAAAGUCGCUGAAGAAGACGCUCAAGAACGCGUUCUCAGACUCGAACACGGCGGGCACGUCUCCGAGUGCGACGAGAUCUACGUACUCCAACACCGCGUUCGAAGACACAGUCGUGGGCUCUCCACGCGCCGGACAGAUGUUGUCUCGACAUCACGCGCGUUCGAGGUCGAUCGAUUUACGAUACGUACUCGAUGAGUUGGAGGAUACGCUCGAAGGGGCGUCUACGGCCGCGUUGCUUUUGAAGGAGAUACGCGAGUCGGGCGGCGACCUGGACGCCGACACGGAGAUGAACGACGCGCUGGACUUGGAAUUGAGCGACGUUUGCAAAGCCCACCGGGCACAUCUCAUGCAAGUGUUGGAGAUGUCGGACCACGCUGUGAGCCUGAGUGAGGAUCAACUCGGAAGACUCUUAGCGAUGGUUGAGAAGUUGAACAUCGCUUUGAACACGGUCAAAUCUGACAUUCCCGCUGAGAACCACAGCCAAGAUCCAAACUCAUCGGCUCCCGUGCCGAUCCCGAGUGGUCGUCCGUCUCUAGGUUCGAGUAGAAUCGAGUGCGCGACGACCGAAGCGGAGGAAGAAGCGAUGAUUGCUCAAGCCAUCGCGGCGAGCUUGAAGCUGAAGGAUGGCGAAGUGAAGGAGAACGAGCAAAACGGAUCCACGCCGGCAGUUGGCUCGAAUGCGUUACCAGCGCCUUCGAUGGGCGCGAACGGCGGGACAAAGACGAAUGAGGAGCUUCUCGGCAACCUCAUUGACAUCUAA